AUGAAUCAAGAUCAGUUUGAGAAGGAACUCGCCCACCAACUGGAGAUCAAAGACCAAGCGCUGCGUCUUACCCGAUGUAAAAAUGGCAUAUCAAUCGACAGCGAGAAGGCGAGUUUCCCAGGUUUCCGCCAACAGAAGCGCGAUUUCAAGGCCGGACAGCAAGUUGAGCCGGGCGCGCUUCUUCUGAGCUCAGACCUGGUGAUGCAUGAAAGCGUGCCCAUGCAGGUGGAUGACGGCACCACUCUUUACAGCGACAUUUUCCUCCCGGCAAGUUUCCAAGAUCUGGACUCAAGAUACGCCGAUCCGGUACCAGCGCGGGUGGCAUGGAGUCCCUACGGAAAGCAAAAGGGCACAACGCUGCUGGACGAUUUCCCAUUCCGCGCUGGCGUCCCCAAAGAGCACCUCUCCGGCUUGCAGAAAUGGGAAGGCCCGGAUCCCGACUUUUGGUGCCCGCGAAAUUACGCAGUCAUCAACGUCGAUACGAGGGGUGCGUAUGCAUCCGAAGGCGAUCUCCUCAUCAUGGGUCACCAGGAGGCUCAGGACGGUGCCUCGUUCAUCACUUGGGUUUCGAAACAGCCCUGGUGUAACGGUAAAGUAGCUUUGACUGGGAAUAGUUGGCUGGCAAUAGCUCAGUGGCGUAUCGGAAGUAUGCGUCCACCGAGACUGGCUGCACUCGCCCCAUGGGAAGGCUUUUCCGACUUCUAUCGACACCACAUGUUUAGCGGCGGUAUUCUGUUUCCGGGUUUUCACGAAUCAAUUUCCAAUACUCUGGCGACGCAAGGAAAGCUCGAAGACAUCACCUCUCACGGUCGUGAGCAUCAGCUCUACGAUGCGUAUUGGGAGGACAAGAUUACUCACCCAGAGCGUAUCAACGUGCCAGUCUAUGCUGCUGCUUCGUGGACGAACCCUGUGCACACCCCGGGAACCUUUGAGGCGUGGGAAACCGUUCCUGACACCGUUCCUAAGUGGCUCAGAGUCCACAACUGCCAAGAAUGGCCCGACUACUACGAGGAUUGCAACCAGAAAGACCUACUCCGCUUUUUCGACCGCUACCUGAAGGAUCAAAAGAACGACUGGGAGACCACGCCCAAAGUCCGUCUAAGCGUGCUGCAUUUCGGCUUGGUGAACCAAAAGGAUACGGUAGGACGCCCAGAGGCCGACUUCCCUCUGGCGAGGACACAUUACACCAAACUCUUCUUGCAGGGAGACAACACUCUGUCACUCAACCCUGAUGCCUCCGAAUCCGCGUUGCCCUAUGAUUCCCAAUCUGGAAAGCAGACGUUCGUCUACCAAUUCGAUAAGGCCUGCGAGACGACCGGGUAUUUUUGCGCACAUCUUGUGAUGUCGCGUCCGGAGCAUACGGACAUGGAUGUCUUUGUACAAGUUGAGAAACUGUCAGCCCUCAAGAACCCCCAGGCUGUGCAGACGAUCAGGCCUCAAAAUGUUGUUUUGCAACGACUUUUGAAGUUCAUGCACGAUUGGGACAUUCUACCUGGUGGUGCCGGCAUGGCCUUUCACCGGGGGCCCAGUGGAUGUCUGCGUGGCAGCUUUGCCUUGAACCGCGAUGAACAGUGCAGCAAGGUUUACAAACCGCAUUACACAUUCACGGAGAAGGUAAGCCUUAAGAAGGGUGAAAGACGCGCUCUCGAUAUCCAAAUGAGCCCUAGUGGCAUGUUCUGGGAGGUGGCCUGUAUUAUUGAUGCGCUGCCUCAGUCGCCAUGUUCUGGGUUAAACCAGACCUGCCUCUGCGCCGACCCAGUCUUCAACGAGGAAGUAUCAGCUUGUGUGAAGCAAGGCUGCACCGUCAGUGAAGCUCUCAAUGUCGCGAACAUGACUUGGGCGGACUGCGGCUUUCCGUUGACAGAUAAUACAGCUAUACCGCGAUACCUUACAGGAUUUCUCUUCAUUUUGCCCGUCACUUUCAUAUCCAUUCGGUUACUGAAUAAAGCUAUAAGUCCUUCUCUCUGGGGCGCUGAUGACGCUUGCGCCCUGGCUGGUUUCGCAUGCGCAACAGCAAUGAUUCCCAUUGUCUAUCGACUGCUGGCCCUCGGACUUGGUAGAGACAUCUGGACUCUCCAACCUUACAAGAUUACCGAAUUCCUCAAAGUAUGA